CUCAAUUUGGCUCACUUCCUCAAAAACCCUAAAUUGCAAUGUCUCUCCGCCUCGCUCUCCGCCGUGCCCGCCACCUCUCAACCUCCGCCGCCGCCGAAGCCGAGACCACCGCCGCCAAAAUCGUUAACAUUUCCGGAGCUAAGAAGCGCCUCCGGAAGGUUUACGAUCCCGACGAGGCGCUCAAAGUCUACUCCUCCUUCUCCGCCGCCGAUGACGCCUCCGCGCCGCCGGCCUCCGCUCGCCACAUCCAGGAGCUGGCGGUCCGCCGCCUCGCCAAAUCCCACCGCUUCUCCGACAUCGCGGCCUUCCUCGAAUCGAACAAAUCCAAGCCCCAAAUCACCGAGGAGCCAUUCGUCUCCUCUCUCAUCAAAUCCUACGGCGUCGCCGGAAUGAUCGACAAUGCGGUCGCUACCUACAAUCAGAUGACCGAUUUCAGUACCCCUCGCUCGACUCUAUCCUUCAAUGCUCUCCUCUCAGCUUGUAUCAACUCCAAGGCUUAUGAUCGCGUACCUAUUUAUUUCAAUGAAUUUUCGGAAAAAUUUGGUUUGGUGCCGGAUAAAUUCUCGUAUGGAAUGUUGAUCAAGGCGCAUUGUGAGAUGGAAUCGCCGGAGAAGGCGAAGGAGACGCUGAGUGAAAUGGAGAGGAAGGGGGUUGAGGUUGAGGCGGUGUCGUUUAGCACGAUUUUACACGGAUUGUAUAAGAUUGGGAGGGUUGACGAGGCCGAAGCGUUUUGGGAUGAAAUGGUGAAGGAGAAGGGGAUCAAAUUGGAUGCAGGGUCUUACAAUGUGAGGCUUUCGCAUAUUCGCAAUAAUCCGGAAUCGUUGAAAGCUUUAAUCGAGGAAAUGCAGAAUGAGGGGAUAAAUCCUGAUCCGAUUAGCUACAACUAUUUGAUCACUUCCUACUGUGUGAAUGGGAUGAUGAAUGAAGCGGAGAAGGUGUAUGCCGAUCUGUUGCAGACAAAAGGAGUAAGGCCGAAUGCUGCCACUUAUAGGACUAUGGUGUUCCAUUCGUGUAAGGCAGGAAGGUAUGUGAGAGCGUAUAGGAUCUUUAAGCUGAGUGUGAAGGUGGGCAAGAUUCCCGAUUUCAACACAUUGAAGUAUUUGGUAAAGGGUUUAACUGAAAAGGGGCGCAUGGUUGAGGCUAAAGCUAUGGUCCGGACUAUGAACAAGAAGUUCCCUCCGGAUUUAUUGAAGGCUUGGGAGAAGCUUGCUGAUGAGCUUGGGUUGGCUCGUGAUGGCACAGAGGAGGCUGGCGCUAGCAAGGUAGAAAAGGCGGAGGUUGACGCCAGCAAGGUGGAAAAGGAGGGAGCUGAUUCUGGUGUUGAAUCAGAGAAGGCAAGUACGUGAGUUUGGUCUAUGGAAUAAGUUUGAGUCAUACUCUUUAGACCUACCUCUGGUUGUGAGAUGGUAUCUAUGAGUUGUCAUAAAGCAUCAGUGUCUAUACUAGCAUUGAUUCUCGUGGCAUGACUAGCUGAGGAUUUUCCUUAUAGCAACACCAGUCUCUUGCUGUUCACAUGUCUUCUACUUUCCCAAUUGAUUUGAUUUGAACAUUUCUGUUGCUAGUUUUUUGCUUUAUCUCUGGUCUUGGUCUGAAAGUUGGCUGUUGUGUUGACUGUUGAGAGCUUUUAGCCUAACUAAUCUCGAAAGUUCAAAUAUAUCACUGCUACGCCUCUUA